AUGGUGAAUGAAGAAGUGCAGCCUAGGAAUACUCAAGUGGAAGUGUUUGAGACACUUGCAGGAAAUAGAAAUUCUGGUUUCAGACUUUUAGACUUAGUUUCUUAUGGAGGAUCAAGCAAGGCAAGCAGCAAAUUGGAAGGCACUCAGAACUUUGAUCACACUCCUUUGAAAUGGAGGAAGUUGGAUGACAUUUUGGCACAAUGCAAUCUGUGCACAAUGGAGCUUGAGAAGUUUGAAGAAGUUGUGAAGGAUGAGUCAUGGAUGAAGGCAAUGAAAGAUGAGUUGAACAUGAUAGAAAAGAAUGAUACAUGGGAGCUUGUUGACAGACCUAUGGAUAAACCAGUGAUUGGGGUUAAAUGGGUGUUUAAAACUAAGCUAAAUCUGGACGGUUCAGUACAGAAGAAUAAGGCAAGAUUGGUGGCUAAAGGAUACUCACAAAAACCAGGGGUGGACUACAAUGAAACAUUCGCACCAGUGGCUAGAUUAGACACAAUCCGGACUCUAAUUGCACUUGCAGCUCAGAAAGGUUGGCAGCUGUAUCAAUUAGAUGUCAAGUCAGCCUUUCUAAAUGGUGUCUUAGAGGAAGAAGUGUAUGUCGAUCAGCCGGAGGGAUUUGUGAUGAAGGGGAGUGAAAGCAAGGUUUACAAGCUGCACAAAGCUCUCUAUGGCUUGAAACAGGCGCCAAGAGCUUGGUAUAGUGAAAUUGAUGGUUAUUUUGCUGAGUGUGGUUUCACAAAGAGCCAAAGUGAAGCUACUCUUUAUGUCAAAGCAAGAUGUGAAGCAAGCAUAUUGAUAGUAUCCAUUUAUGUAGAUGAUAUUGUCUACACUGGAAAUGAUCAAGAGAUGUUAGAAGACUUCAAGAAGGACAUGAAGGAGAAAUAUGAAAUGACUGAUCUGGGGCUCUUGCAUCACUUCUUGGGAAUGGUAGUCAUUCAAACACCAACAAGCAUAUUCAUUCAUCAGAAGAAAUAUGCAACAACUCUGUUAAACAGAUUUGGUUUGAGUGAGUGUAAACCGGUGUCUAUUCCACUAGUUACCUCGGAGAAACUAAGUAAGGAUGAUGGGAGUGGUUUGGCAAGUGAAGAGCAAUAUAGAAGGAUUGUUGGGAGUUUGCUGUAUCUCACAGCUACUAGACCCGACAUUAUGUUUGCAGCUAGUUUGCUUGCAAGGUUUAUGCAUUGUCCCACUAGCAAACACCUUGGAACAGCAAAACAUGUCCUUAGAUAUGUAAAAGGAACCUUGGAUUAUGGUCUGGAGUAUGUGAAAGGAAAAGGGGCAGUUCUAAUUGGCUAUUGUGACAGCGAUUGGAGUGGCUCAGUGGAUGAUAGCAAGAGCACAUCUGGAUAUGCUUUUUCUUUUGGGAGUGGAGUGUUUGCUUGGGCCUCAGUCAAGAAAAAUUGUGUUGCACUCUCUACUACAUAA